AUGGCGACAUCGGAGCAGCUCGAAUUCUGGGGCACCAUCAUCGAGGCUGGAAAAUCAGUCCGGGUGGAUAUCGACGAGGACGACGAGGAACACGUGAGUUUAUCCUUAGUCGCGUUAGGGAGCAGUACUUCCGAGGAGGAGACAAAAAAAAAUCAUCACGCGAUUCUUUCGGUCGUGGAAGACGUCGGCGUGAACGGCGCGAAGGAGAUUUUCCUGGCGACGUUACGACGAGGGAAAACGGAACAGUUUUCGUUGGACGUCGUGCUCUCGGAUACGUUCAUAAUGAAGAACAGCGGGAACGUGGACGCGCACGUGACCGGGUGGAGAAUGGACGGACGAGUGAGAGGGAACAAUCUCGAGAAAGAGAUGGAGGAGUACGAAGACGAGGAGAUGGAGGACGAGCUGUUUGAAGAUAUGGCGGCGGAGAGAGCGAUGAUGGAUACGUCGUCGAGCGAUAGCGAGGAAGAGGACGCGGAUUUCGCGAGCGAAGACGAAGAGACGGACGAAGAUUUAAGCGACGGAGAGGAGGAUUUCGUAGAAAUGAGCGACGAUGAGAUUGAAAAGUUAACGGAGGAAGCCGUUUUGGAGCACGGAGACAAAGGAAGUGAUGAUGAUGAUGAUGAUGCCGAGGAAGACGAUGACGACGACGAAGACGAGGAGUCGUCGUCGUCCGAUGAAAGCGAAGAAGAAAGAGAAGAAGAAGAAUCAUCGGAAUCAUCAGAAGGAGAGUACGAAUACGACAAGCGCUUCGAUCCGAAGAAUUUGCCUAAAGACGCCGAACUCUUUCAAAGCGAUUCGGAGGAAGAAAGAAUGUUCGACGAGGCGUUGGCGAAAGUUACGGAGGAAGAAAUGCUUCGAGAAUCCGCUUCAGAAUCUAGUGAUAGUGAUAGUGAUGACAAUGAAGAUGAAGAUGAAGAUUCUUCUUCUUCUUCUUCCUCAUCAUCAUCAGAAUCUAAAUCUGAAUCCGACGACGAGGAGGAAGGAGACGAGGAGCUCAAGAAGAAAAUCCAGACGCAGCUCAAGAAAGAGUUUGCUGAUCCGGUUUCGUCGGAAUCGGAAUCGGAAUCGGAAGAAGAAGAUAUUCAAGGCACGGCGAAGAAACCUGCGGCGGCGACUCCAGGAAGCACGGCAUCAAAAAAGAGAAAAGCAGAUGAGAAGAGCGAACCAGAAUCUGAAUCCGACAGCGAAGACGAAUCAUCUGAGUCGGAAUCAGAAGAGCCAGUCAAGGGCACCAGCCAGAAAAAAGUGAAAUCGCCGGCUUCUACGCGAAAGGAAAUCUUAGAAAAACCAAAGAAAGAAGCGUCUUCGGACGAGUCAUCAUCAUCAUCAUCAUCAUCAUCAGAAGAAGAAGAAAAAGAUGAGUCUUCUAGUAGUAGCAGUAGCAGCGGCAGCUCGUCUUCUUCAUCUUUGGAAGAGGAGGAAGAGAAGAAAGAAGAGAAAACGCCAGAAACUGCGACGAAGAAAAACGCCGAACAAUACACCAUCGAUUUGAUCAAGUACUUGAAAGCGCACGGGAAGACAAAGAUGGCCGCCUUGGCUGGGAAGGUGAAAAAGCCGCAGUCGAUAGCGAUGAAGUUCAAGGACUUUGUGAAAAUGCGACCGGAUGAGUUUAAAAUUUCAGGAGAAGAUAUCGAAUUGAAAUAG